UCAAGAUGUGGAAAAAAAUCUAGUUUCUAGUGAUCGUGCUGUACAAGGUACAACUUUAAAACAGAAAGUCGAAAUUAUGGACUUUACCAAACCUGAAAAACAGAGACGUCCUGUUCGCUUGGAUGUCAAACCUUCAUAUGCAAAAGAAAGCGACGAUGGCGGCUCAGAUGUGGAAAUAGUAUCAAUUACACCGGUCAGAAAACCGAUUAUUCCUAAAGUAAAUUCAUUUGAGGAUAAGAUAAAAAGCAACAGAUAUGUUGAUCUUGAUUGGUUACAGAAUUUAUGUGAUACCUAUAAAAAACUCUCGAAAGAAACCGACCAGGAAUCGCAAAAUCAGAAAAUAAAAAAAGACCUUUAUGCCAAACAAAAUGAAAAAGCAUUGGCUCCUAUUGAAGACAGGAUUAAAAGGCAUAUGGCGAUUACUGAAACAAUUAUUCUGGAUGAAGCAGUCGAAGAAGAGCCCACUUUGCCAGAAUUAACCCCGGCUAUGUUGAGGUGCCGAGAGGAAAAGGAGACUGCCCACGUCUCUAUGGGCUUUUCAAUGACCCCAAAGGCUGUGGAAGAUUUUUCAAGUGCAUCAAUGGCACCGGUAUUCCAGAUCAGUGCUUGCAUUCGCUCAUGUUUGAUGACAAAGAGAAAAUAUGUCGAGGAGCAACUGACGAAGAAAAGCAAAAAUGUUUAUUGCCACCUGCUCUUCUUGGCUGCACAAUAGGACCGGAUGGCUCGAACUACGGAUCUUGCACAUGGUUCCAGUGUCCAGCGUUCAACCCACUGCCGUUCGGCGACCACUCUCGCCACCCGUACCCGGGCCACUGCCGCUGCUUCGUCAUGUGCCUGGCCAAUGGCAGCAUCAAGAUCGGCGCAUGCCCAGAAGGGUCUGCGUUCAGUCCGCAGUCGCGCGUCUGCGAGCCUGAGGCCAGCGUCAAGGCGUGCGAGCCGCCCAAACCGCCUUCCACCGCCGCCGUCGCUCAGUCCGGCGGCGAUGCCUCGUCGAACCACGGCUCUUGCUCCUGGUUCCAAUGCCCGGCACACGGCCUGCUGGAGUUCGGAGACCACUCGCGCCACCCCUACCCGGGGCACUGCCGCUACUUUGUCAUGUGCCUGGCGGCCGGCGACAUGAAAAUCGGCACCUGCCCCCCCCGGAUCAGCGUUCAGCCCGCUCACCAAGUUGUGCGAGCCCGAAGCCACUGUCAAAUCUUGCGAAACACCCAUCAAAGAGCACACUCCCAACAUUUCUCAAACUUCCGGCAACACGUGCGUUAUUCCUGGCCUUUUUUUGAGAUCACGUGAAUUUUUGAUCACCGAUAUGGUAGGCGAGCAACUCUGAGCCAUUAGUCCUAGCAAUACAAUAAUCCUCACAAUAUAAAUCAAAUACUGAAUCGUUGUGGAUAUUUAAAGAAGUGCUAUAUUCAAUUUAUUUUGUUUUGCUUUUUUAUUGAACUAUUAUGCUAGUAGAUAUGCCAUUAAGGCUCGUACUGGAAUUUGUAUGUUUAAAAAAGAUAGCUUUCUUAUAAAAUUCUAGUUUCAAUAAAAAAGAGUAGUUUUGAA